AUGGCAUGUAAUAUGAUGUAUCUGGAAACUCCAAAUAGGCUGAGACGAGUACUUAGCGUAGGUGAGCAGGGGUUCCUUGAGGGGAGAUCUCAAGGUUACGAAGGCUGGUUCCCACCGUAUUGCGUAGAGGAAGUGAAAAUGAGACGUAGAGGUUUAAAAUGCUUACCAGACCAGGAUGACUCAAUCCUAGUAAAGAGGCACACAUUAGCAGCCCUUGUUCACUCCGAUAGUGCUUAUGCUCCCAGAACAGUGGUUUUACAGAAAGGCAAGAAUGGCUUUGGAUUUGUACUGAGGGGAGCAAAAUCCAAAGACCCAUCAACAAGGAUACUAGACUUCCAGCCAACCACAGACUACCCGGCCUUACAGUACCUUGACCGUGUUGACCCUGGAGGUAUGGCGGAGAAAGCUGGUCUACAGGCUGGGGAUUUCCUACUGGAGAUUAAUGGUGAGAAUGUGAUCAGCGCAACACAUGAGCAUACCGUGAGGCUGAUUAUGAGAUCGGAUGAUACGCUAGCUUUGAGAGUUGUCACGGUGGAGAACCCAUUUCGUAGUGACCGUGAGAGCAGCCUGGAUAGCCGCGAUAGUAGUGUCACAGGGAGCAUAUCCGGGAGCAUAUCAGGCUCGGCUACCCUAGAGAGACCACAAAAAAACAGAGCGCCAAUGCCACCUAUACGUAGUACGGGUACUAAACUGUCUGCUGGUCGGGCACGUGCCAAAUCUAUGGUAGAUGGCCUAACAGCGUUAGAGACACUAGAAAGCCUCGACAAGACCUUAGAUGAAUAUGCCUCAUCUGAGGCAAACUCUGCGACAAGCUCUUCAGAAUCAGAUGCCAAAACAGCAUCCAUACGCAGACGUAACCCGCAUCUGAGAGUGUCAACUGUAGAACUUCAAGACAUUUUCGCACGUCAAGAUGGUGCAUAUCCAAUACCAGCUGAAAACCCCAAAGUUCCAAAAAUGAAACCUUCCGAGGUUAAGGCACGUAAUGCUCGUAAGAAAAGCAAUGGUAUUAUAAAUGGGAGUUUGACACGCUCAAAGAGUAGCAGUACACCUAAUUUAGUUGAGAAUGGUACAAUGAGUCUCAGUAGGAACUUUAGCCAGGAACGGCUGGAUUAUGACGCUUAUGCCGAUAUUGCCCCAUAUGCAACACCCCAGUUGCAUCGACAGAUGCCCCCUAGGGGUCCCCCACAGGAAGACUCAGGGGUGUCUAUGGGUUCUCAUCAUGACCCUAGUGAUGUUCAAGGCCAAGGUGCCCAUGGUGGUGCGGACUUUAAUAAUCAGAUCCAUAUUGCUAAAUAUGCCAUGGUAUCUGGUGACGGCAGUAAACAACACAGACGUCAAACUUCUAAUAGUUCAACAGAUUCUGGGGUGCCGUCUCUGCCCCCUGCUGAUGGUGACUACCCCCCUCCCCCAAGUUUUGCCCCUGCUCUGGGUAUGGUGAUCCCAGCACCCCCUGAACACCCCCCACCCUUACCGCCACCAACAAAACCCAAGGGGGAAGUGGUAAAAAUCACAACCAAGGACCAACAUAAUAUUUAUGCAAAUGUGUCAGCUGACAUUCAGAAAAAGAUAGCUACCGUCACCAGGAGUGAUAGUACGAACUAUGAAUCAAGUUUUCGACCAGGUAUCGAGGCCAAGUUAAGCACUAAACCUAAACUUGCCCCGAAAACCUACUCCCAACAUAGACUCAGUCAGCCAGCAAUACCCGAAAAUAUUUCCAUAAAAUCACCUGAUAUUAAGGAAAAUGAUCAGGGAAAAGUGGACAUUAGAAAAAUUCGUGAAAACUUUGAACAAGGUGAUGCCUCGCAAGGUGAUAAACAUUCAGUGAAGUUUGCAGAUGAUCAUAUAUAUGAAAGUGCGGCACAAUUUAUGAAUGAUCACCCCAAUGCCUCGUUGUUGGUCACGGCAGAUGUACAUGCAUCAGCUCCAUCUAGUGGGGAACCACGUAAACUUCCCCGAACAAAACUUGAUAACGAACAACCGAUAUAUGCAACCACGAUAAAUAAAGAUAAAACAGUGAGUGUAAAAACAGACAAUGUUUAUAAUACAAAACUGCCUGAAAAACAAGAGCCUUCUAAGACUGUAUCUAACACCAGAACGGGAUCAGAUAGCUCAUACUUUGAGCCUGAUCCAGAUUAUGAUGACCCAGCAAAUGUUAUUAAAGUAACGCAGCAAUCAACGAAGGAGUACUGGCGUGAGAAAGAGGUUACAAAGAGCCUAAAAGUAGUGCCUGCCACUCAGGGACAUGAUAAGACCCCUGAGGUGAAUACCAAACCAUUAGUGCAUCGACAUAGCGAACCAAAUAUUCUCUCCCCGAUACAUUCUCCAACAGUGCAAGAAAAGCCACGGGAGAUGCAACGAAGACCUAGCGUUGAGCGCCAAGUAUCUCAGAGCUCUUACAUUCCUCCCCCACCCCCACCAAUCAGUAAUGAGAUCUUAGAGAAACAUCACCAGAAGGAGCAGAGACAACGAGAAAGUGCACCUCCCCCACCCCCACCCCCUAGGAGCCAGAGUGACAGCCACUUACAAGGCAGAGACACAGGGGGUGCUCAACCAAUGCCAUUACAGGGCUCAGAAUUUGCUAAUGCCAUCAAGCUAGCUGCACUUGCCAGAGAGAAGAAACAAACUGAUGGUGCGCAAGACACUACUACAUCAAAACCUCUUCCCAAAGGGGUCAAACAGCUGACCCCCAAGAAUGACAACCAUUCUGCUUUAAUGGCUGCAGUCGCAAAAAGAAAGUCCAUCGUUGAGUCCUCAGAUAUGGAGUCCUACGCUAACAAAAUUGAACGAAAAUUAAGCAGAGUGCAUAAGAUCAGAAUGGGAGUCGGAAAUCCAGUUGAGCCAAAGAAAACAGACACUGAGCCUAAAACUACAGCCCCUGUUAAAUUUACUCCCACUGUAAAAUCUACCCCUGUUAAGACAGAAUCUACACCCGCACAGAAAAAACAAGCACCUAAAACUCCUCCCAAGAUAACUACAACUGUAAAGCCAAACAGUGCCAUCCCCAACCCUAAAAGCCCUACCCUUUUACCUGAUAAACCUAUGCAAAUACAUGAUAAAGACACUGUACUAACAUCAAAAAUUGCUCAAAAACCCAUUACGAUUGAGGAGAAAGCAGCUCCAGAAGUUAUAGCAGUUGUGAAGGAAACUGCGGUGUCUCCUGUGAAGAAAGAAGCAGAGAGUUUCAUGGCAAAAGCUGAACAGGCGCGACUUGAUUGGCUAGCGAGACAGAGUGGCGGGAAAACUAAUAAAGCAAUGGAUUCCAAACAAGAACAAAACAACCAAGGUAUCAAUAUUAAAGCUCCAGAGGACACUCCUUCAACACCAUCUAUUAAAGAUAAACUAAACCAAUUUGAAAAAACUGGUGGUAAUAAAAGUGAACAAUUGAAAGAUAAGAAAAGUGAAAUGACACUUCCAUUGGUAGAGCUAAAGGGUGUUACUGUUGAACAGACAUCUACAGAAACACCAACUGAUAAUAAAGAUACUACAGAUGAAAUGCCCAAAUUGGUGUCGGCUAGGGCAAAAAUGUUUGAGACAUCCCCACCUUCAACAUCCCCUCGGCCACCAACCAAACCAGGAAAACUCCCCAAUAAUUCCGCAUUGCCAUUUUAUAUUCCUCCCCCUGUGGUGGAAUCAGAGGUUGAUAUGUAUGCUGAUAUUGAUGUGCCCCCUCCACCAUCCAUAGUACCCCCUCCCCCACCCCCUGCAGCCUUCAGAAAUACCCCUGAGCGAGAACUUUCCCCAGGGUUUUCAAUUAAACCACCAGAACUUAAUGGGGGCUCUGUGAGGGCGAGGUCAUUGAGUCAAAGGUCAAGUGGAAGCUCAGAAGAAAGUGUCGGGUAUAUCCCCCCUCCCCCACUGUUCCUAAAUGAAGACAUGGCAGAUGAUAACAUCAGUUACGGUUCAUCUAUCUCAUCAAUGUCAACAUAUUCCAGUGAACGAAGCGACGGCUCAACAGAUAUCCCGAAAUAUCUCACAAAUAGAAACACGGAUCAUAAACAGAAUCAUUACAUGACGGGUCCAGGUAGUAACAAUAAAAGUGGCAAUUAUAGCUUUUUACAUAAACAAGGUGUUGCGGCACCUAAACUUGAAAAUAUGUAUGAAGAGGUGGGUGUUGCACCACCCCCACCUCAGUUUGGUGCACAGAAUGGUGACAAUAAUGACAAUAUUUAUGAAGAGCUGCCAUGUACUAAAACACACACUAUAAUCCCCCCUCCAACGCGGCAUAUGGCCUCAACUAACACUAUGGGAACCCCUAAAAUGGGUCGCCCAUUCCGAACAAAGCCAUUAAAAACAUGGACUAACAGUGAUGUCACGGACUGGCUUGAGAGCUUGUUUCUAUCUGAAUAUAAAAACAAUUUUAUCGAGAAACAAAUUGAUGGAUUUAAGCUAAGUAGCAUGGAGAAAGAUGAUUUCCUACAGUGUGGUGUAUUAAGAGUGGGGCAUAGGAUGAACAUUGAAAGAUCAUUGAAGAAACUUCUACAAAAAUAGAACAAUACCUUCAUGGUGAUCAUUUCGUAUUUAAUUGGGAACAAGACACAAUAUCUUAGAUUUCAUUCUGAGAAUUUUCCACUUGUGGGAAUAAAAUUUGACAUUACAUAUUCUUGCAUUUUUAUAUUUCCUGCUUAUGAAUACAGUUUUUAUGUAAACCAGCAUUGUAUUUCUACUGGAUUAACUAGUCACAUUAAUGUAUAGAAGUCCAAUCUUGAAGCUUUGUUGUCAUUUAUUUUGUGAAAAUCACCCAUUUCAUAAGUUUGUUGUUUUCAUUUUUAACAACACAAAAUAUGUGAUCAUGGAUCUUCAACAUCGGAGUGUUAAGCGUAGCUUUAUUUUGAUACAAUUUUGUGUAAUUUGUUUGUCUUGUCUGUAUUUCAUUCAAUGUGAACUUGAGGAUCAAUUUCUCAAUCCAUAUGUAGAUUUUCCAAUCCAUAUGUAGACUUUCCAACCCAUGAACUGUAUUUAACUUCGUAGUUUCUUCUACCUCCGAGUCUGAUAUUAUAACACACUUUCAUACAGUACAGUUGCCAAUUUUUCUAAUUCAAUUUUGCGAAAGCAGUUUACAAUUCAUGACAGCAUGUAGUGCAUGCCAAAACAACAAAGUCAACAACAAAAUAUAUAUUUUUACAUAAUUUGGGCAUUUUGAUAUAUUGAUUGAAAAAGUGAAUAAUUUGAAAUUUGGAAUAUUAAAUUUUGACAAUGCAUGUUUCAUAUAGGUUUUAUUUAUCAUGCUCUUUUGUUGCCCCCUUUUGGUACCUGCUUCCUUCUCUUAAGAAGUUGAGAUAUCAGGGGGGUGAUUUACAUGCAUUUAAUUAAAGGCAGAAUCAGAUCU